AUGUUCAUGCUUUUCUGCAUGGCGAACGUGGUUACAGGUUUCUUUUGCGAACAUGCCUUCGAGAUGGCGCAAGCAGACAAAGAUCAAGUCAUCAUGGACCAGAUCCGGUUGCGGGAAGACCAUAUCCAAGCCUUCAAAGCCAUGUUCGGGCAUGUGGACGUCGAAGAAGAAGAAAGCAUAACCUUUGAUCAGCUGGAACUUCUUUUGAGUCGCGAAGACAUGCAAGCGUACUUGUCCCAUUUGGACAUCACUGUCGAGUCCACCGGGAGCAUGUUCAAACUUUUGGAUACAGAUGGCAGCGGAGAGUUGUCGAUAGAGGAGUUUGUGGAUGGCCUUUUGAGGCUGAAGGGGCAGGCGAAGACGAUUGAUUUGGUCGGCAUCAGUUACGACAUCCGGCGGCAAGCUGUUGUCAUGGCCGAGUUUAUGGAUUUCGUGGAAGAGCAGUUCGAAGAGGUUUUGGCUAGACGACCUGGCACGGGUCCACCAGGCAGCCCAGUGACGAACCGAAAGUCCACGCAGUCCACUCGAAGAACCUUGUCUACGGGACGUCGAGCGGCAAUGGUCGCAACACGUUCCAGGAAGACCCAGCUGCAGUGA